UUGAGAUGGGCAGAAGUCCUCGAAUCAGUUCGGAGGAUGGACUAACCAAAGGAGCAUGGUCUGCUCUGGAAGACGAAAUCCUCGUAGAUUAUGUCAAAACCCAUGGAGAAGGAAAAUGUAGUAACCUUGCCAAACAAACAGGGCUAAAGAGAUGUGGAAAGAGUUGCAGACUUCGUUGGAUGAAUUAUCUUAGACCAGGCAUAAAGAGAGGGAACAUUUCAGAAGAUGAAGAAGAACUAAUCAUUAGGCUGCACAAGCUCUUAGGCAUUCGCGAAAUCGGAAUCAAUCACGUUGCAAAACUCCUCCGAACUAAAGUCCAUAAUGAAGUUUGUCGGCGUGAUUUCUAUUUACCCGGACGUUGAUGACAGCGGCCCGGCUCUUGAUUUUGAUGGUUCUAGCUUGGGUUUGGUUAAGCUGGCUCCGGAGAAAGGUCCUGUUAAUGCCGCGUUCUUCAUGUCUGGAUUUAAUUGAAUGACGUCUUCCUUCCCUUGCUGCAGCUGCGGACCGACACCACAGGACAGCGCCGCCCCACCCUGAAGAUCCCCUAAUGUCUGGCUUUUUGCCAGUAAUCUCAACAGACCUUGUUGAUGGGAACUGAUCUCUGGCCUUCUUGGCUAUAUAGGAAUUCCAGUAAUUCUUGAUUUCGUUGUCUGUUCUUCCUGGUAGCCUCCCUGCAA